AUGGCGCACUUGGAAAGCAUGCGCUACCGGAAGCAGCCGGGCGCAACUGCAAUUUACGAGGAUGCCACUGUGAUAUCAGGGAUAUCGACGGGAUCUGCCGGCACAACCCCGACUGUCGACAAUGCCAACGGGCUGUAUGGCGACGCAGGGCCACCAAAUGGUGCCGGCGUGCUGUACGGGUACGAGAAGAAGGACUUGGACUACAGCAGCCAGUCUGCGGGCGCCAUUGGCGGCGUCGGAGACACUUCGAACAGCAGCGAUCGGUACCCGCGGUUCAACGUGAGUCGGAGCCAGUGGAUAACGCUGGGGCUCAUUGUGAUCCUGGCAGCGUACGUGCGGUUGUGGCGCCUGUCCAACCCGGCAAACGUAGUCUUUGACGAGGUGCAUUUCGGCAAGUUCGCAGGCAAGUACCUCAACGGCACGUACUUCUUCGAUGUGCACCCACCACUGGCCAAGAUGAUGUUUGCGGCGGCGGGCAAGAUGGCCGGAUACGACGGUGUGUUUGAUUUCAAGUCGAUCGGGCUGGACUACGUGGCUGCUGGCGUGCCAUAUGUGGGCAUGCGUUUGAUGCCUGCUUUGCUCGGUCUGGCGAUGGUCCCGAUCACGUACGUGACGCUGGCUGCUCUGGGGCAUGCAGGUGACGCGUGUGCGGUUGGCGCUCUGCUGAUUGCUUUCGAGAACGCGCUGCUAACGCAGUCGCGUCUGAUCCUGCUCGACGCAGCUUUGAUCUUCUUCACGGGGCUGACGGUGAUGUUCUGGGCGCUGUUUUUCACGGAGGCGCGGCGGCCAUUUGGCCGCCGGUGGUGGGCGUACCUGCUUCUGGCCGGUGCCAACAUGGGCAACGCGCUGAGCUGCAAGUGGGUCGGCCUGUUCCUCGUUGCGACCCUCGGCGUGUGGACCAUCAAGGACCUGUGGGAGAAGCUCGGAGACCUGAGCAUCACGCCGUCGCAGUAUGCAAAGCACUUUAUUGCGCGCGCUGUGGCCCUGAUCGCCGUGCCCCUAUGCGUGUACCUGUUCUGGUUCCAGGUACACUUUUCGCUGCUGCACCGGUCGGGCGACGGCAACGCAUUCAUGAGUCCCGAGUUCCAAAACACACUGGAUGGCGUCAGCCUGGGUCACACUCCGCGGGAUAUCUACUAUGGCUCGCGCGUGCGCAUCCGCCAUGACGCGACUAACGCUGGGUACCUGCACUCGCACUUGAGCAACUACGAGACUGGAUCCAAGCAGCAGCAGGUGACGCUGUACGGCUUCCGCGACGACAACAACUACUGGGUGCUGACGCGCACAGAGGCUGCGGAGGCCAAGCACGCCAACUCAUCAGACCCCACGGCGCUGCAGCAGAUCAAGCACGGCGAUAUCGUGCGCUUGCUCCACUGGAAGACCUUCCGCCGCCUGCAUUCGCAUGAUGAGCGGCCGCCUGUGACGACAAACGACUAUCAGAACGAGGUGACUGGAUAUGGCUGGGAGGGCUUUAAGGGCGACUCCAAUGACCACUGGCGCGUGCAGAUCAUUGAGGGUGACUCGGCCGAGCCCGACUCCAAGACCAAGCUGAUGGCCAUCUACUCACGCUUCCGCCUGAUCCACACUGGCCGCCGCUGCGCGCUGUUCUCCAACCGCCGCAAGCUGCCCAAGUGGGCCACGAGCAGGUCGAGGUCACCUACGCUGUGGCGCAUCGAGACCAACGUCAAUGCGGCUAUUCCUGCCGGUGCCCCGCUGGCCGAGUACCGGCGCCCGGGACUCGUGGCCAAGGUGCUGGAGGCGACGGCCAUCAUGUGGCGCGUUAACAACGGCCUGACCAAGAGCCACCCGUACGAGAGCCGCCCGCACACCUGGCCGUGGAUGCGCCGCGGCAUGGCCUUCUGGGGCGAGGCUAACCGUACUAUCUACCUCCUGGGCACACCCAUUCUGUGGUGGCUGUCGCUGGUCGCCGUUCUGCUGUUUGCGGCCCUGCAGGCUGCCAUGUUCCUGCGCAGCUGCCGCGGCAUUAACGACCGCCUGAUGGGUGCACGCGAGCGGUACGCCGAGAGCGUCGGCUUUUUGGCUGCCGCCUGGGUGCUGCACUGGGUGCCCUUCUUCCUGAUGGGCCGCCAAUUGUUUUUGCACCACUAUUUGCCUGCCAUGUGGCUGGCCGUGCUGGCCUUGACCGCGACCCUGGACCUGUUCACGCGUCGCAUGGGCCGCCGCAUGCGCCAAGUCAUUAUGGGCGCGCUGGUUCUUGUUGUCGUGCGCUCGUACUUCCAGUAUAGCCACCUGGCCUACGGCACGCCGUGGACGCGCCAGGGCUGUGAGCGCAGCAAGUGGCUCAAGGCCUGGGACUACGACUGCAAGCGCUACCCGGGCGCCGACGCCAGCCCGAAGCCCGUCGUCCCUGUUGCCGGGCCUGUGGUUCCCACCAUUGUCGCUGACGUGGGCCCGCCGGACGCUCAGAACUUUGAUCCUCUGGAGAACGAGAACAAGCUCAAUGAGCCCGCGCCGCGCAUUGACCACGACAAGCUCAACUCCAACGCCAACAAGCUGCACCUCGAGAUGGUCAAGGCUGCCACCACCGCCGGUGUUGCCGCUCCUGUCGACGCUCAUGAGAACGAAGAUGUUGUUGGCGAGGACGCCCACCACGACGACACUCUUGUCAUGGCUCCGGUUCCCCCGCACUUCUAA